AUGCCUCCGGACGUCGCUGACAACGAUGCUGGCCAGUCGGCUCACGACUGGCACGAUGAUGCUCCGUCGCCGUCAGCGAGCAUCAAGUCCGACAACGAAGUUGACGAAGACGGCAACGCACAACCCGGCGCGUCAUCCCAACCGAUUCAGAAGCGACGACGAGUAACGCGCGCAUGCGAUGAAUGCCGACGGAAGAAGAUUAAGUGUGACGGCAAGCAACCAUGCACACACUGCUCUGUCUAUAGUUAUGAAUGCACAUACGAUAAACCUUCAAACAGGAGAAGAAAUCCGGCCCCACAGUAUAUCGAAGCCCUGGAAAGUCGACUGCAGCGCGCCGAGUCUCUACUUCACAAAUUUAUGCCCGAUGUCGACUUGGCCGAUCCGAGUCUUGACCCAGCAAUUCAACAAGAAUUCCGCAAUCGCGAAAAUGCUCGUGCACAAGCCUCGAAGGCCCGACAGCCUCCUCCACCACCACCACAACCUGAGCAAAAUGAAGCUCAUCUGACUUCGAUGAUCGAUUCCGUUGGCCAACUUGAUAUCGAUGAGAAGGGAAGUUUGGAAUUUCACGGCAACUCCUCCGGCGCUGUGUUCUUGAAACGCAUGAAGGAUCAUUUCCGAGGCAUGCUUGGUUCGUCCUCAAAAGCUCCGUUCCUACCUCGUGCCGAACGACCGGCUGGCCUGGAGUCGCCCUCAUUAUCUUCUGUCGGAACGCCCUUCUCAGCAGUUCCAAGUUACCCUGAGCUACCGCCAAAGGAUGUUGCCCGGAAGCUGUGCUAUUAUUCCCUCAGCUGCGCGACAUGUCUCGUUCGAAUCGUUCACGUCCCCACUUUCUACGAGCAAAUGGACAAAAUCUAUGAACGACCAUUGGACAAUUUAACGAAGGAGGAAACACAAUAUCUUGGACUAUUAUUCUCUGUUAUGUCUCUUGGGUGUAUGUACAACAAUCUCGACGACAACGACCCAGCAAGCAUGCCUUAUCAAGAUGCGACAGAGGAGGGUCUCAAAUACUACAAUGCCGCGCGAUCGGUAUUACACGACGUGACCGAUUGCCGCGACCUUAUCUCGCUACAAGCUCUUCUAUUCAUCAUUCUUUUCCUCCAAGCCACCUCGAAUCUCAGCAGCUGCUAUUCCUUCGUUGGUAUUGCACUGCGCUCGUCACUCCGGAUUGGUCUUCAUCGACAUUUGCAGCAUGAAAAAAUCGAUCCAAUUGAGCAGGAAGUUCGGAAACGUGUAUUCUACGUGGUUCGACAAAUGGAUAUUUAUGUUUCUACAUUACUUGGCUUUCCUCUACUCCUUAAUGUGGACGACAUCGACCAGCCGUUCCCCUUGGAAGUUGACGACGAGUUUAUUACACACACCGGGAUUUUGCGACCACCACCUGGAUCACCAUCCUUUUUCCAAGCGUUCAACGCCCAUUCAGAACUAAUGGAAAUCUUGUCGAAGGUCACGAAAUACGUCUAUCCAACAAAGGGAUUGGGUCAGAGCGUUACAAAAGACAACAAACCUGCCUCCACCUAUCUGAUUAGUUAUGGCCGCAUCAAGGAAAUUGAAGCUGAGCUUCAUUCUUGGUUUGAAAGGCUACCCCAGCAUUGGCGCCCAAGCGGUGAGGGGCCAAUUGAGACGGUUCGAAUCCGUCAUUUGUUGAGAUUUGCUUAUGCACAUGUUCAGCUUGUGCUAUACCGACCAUUCUUGCAUUACGUCUCUCCUCGUUUGAGCCAAGGAAAUAAGGUCGAUGAGCUAUCAUAUGCUUGUGCAGCGGCUGCCAUCAGUGUCUCUCGUAAUAUUGUGCACAUUGGAUUGGAAAUUCGUAAACAGCGGGUACUCAGUGGACCGUACUGGUUCAUGUUGUACACGGAGUUCUUUGCCGUCCUGUCCCUUGUGUUCUAUGCUACAGAAAACCCCGAGAAACCCGGAUCUGGCGAAGUUCUAGCAGAUGCUCGAGCUGGAAGACAAAUGAUUGCAGCCCUGGCGGAGAAGAGUAUGUCGGCCGAACGAGUUACCGGCGCUCUCAAGGCUCUAUUUGACCAAUUACCAGAGCAAUUGGAUGCUGGAACAAUACGACAAGCGCCUUCAAAGAAGAGGCCCGCCCCUACAGGACGACCUUCAUCUGUUUCAUCUCAUCAUACUCCAAUUCCCGCAAGCAUGUCCUCGAUAGGAACGACAGAUUUCACUCGUGCAAGCCAGAUGUCAACAAGCUCAUAUCCUACAACCUUGUCUCAAGGAACGAUGGAUCUGCCUGGAGGAGGCAUGACAGCCUUUCAAGAUAACACUUUCUCAGCCAACUUUGGUGAUUUCAUGUCCCCUGAUUUGCAGCGAAGCACUCCAGAGUCGACCAGCAGCGCCGCGACAAGCACUCAACGCUACCCCUAUACAGGACAGCAAAUUGGCAUGCACAACCCUGUCAACAAACUCGACUCGCUCAUGUUCCCAUCUGAGGAUCCUUUUGCCUAUCCAAACCAACCUAUGAUGGAAUUGGGAUUCCCGGGCAAGUCAGACCAACCCACCACUGUGGGAGACCAGAAUCAAGAUAUGCAACUCUUCUUGACAGGCACUUUCGACGACGUAGAAAGCCAGAUCUUUGGACAACCACCACCCUACAUGAUGCACCAGCAGGGCCAGCCCAUGAUGAGUGCAUCGGGCCACCAACCCAUGUUUGCCAGUCCAUCAGCCAUAAUGGGCAUGCAGCCCGGUCAACCGAUGAUGCAACAAAGGCGACCAGUUUCACAAACGCACGCGAUUCAUCAAGGACACGCGAUGUCCAACCGACGAGCGCACGCACAACGGCAUCAAGAAAGGCAGAUACAACAAAUGUUUACAGAACAGGGCAUGCAAGCGGAUUGGGGAGGCUUCUUUGGCUCUGGAAGAGGAGGAUUCCAAGGAAUAAUGUCUUAUUAUCGAUAUGGUUGCGUCAUGAAAUGGAUGAAUUAUGCACCGCCGAUGGCACCGCCGAUAACGCCGCCGAAGCCUGUCUGCGGGGAGCAGAGGCCUCAAGCACGUGAAAGAAGGUCGAUGAGCUACGAGUUUGUGCUUGAGGAUGAAUUUGACGCGCUGUGUGUCGAGGUAAAGAAGAGUGACGAUGACUCCAGCGGUAAAAGCAGCAGCGGUAACAAGUAUCCCGCAAAGCUCCAUGCGCGCAAGGUCGUCAAAGAGCUCGGCGUUACCGAUGGACUCAUCUAUCUUCCUGGUGAGCCUACACGCCUCUAUGAGGACUCAGACCAGUCGCCUCCUUUCAAGCAACGCAGAUACUUCUAUUACAUGACUGGUGUUGACUUUCCCGACUGUGCCGUCACUUACGAAAUCGCCAUGGAUCGUCUCACCCUCUGGAUCCCGUACGCUGAGCCGCGACAAGUCUUGUAUCAUGGUCCAACUCCUGACGCAGCAGAGGCUAUGCGCAAAUACGACGUCGAUGAUGUUCGAUACACAGCUCAACUGUCCAAAUUCCUUCAUGGUCAACUCCGUCCUGAGAAGACUCUUUAUGUCCUUCAUUCUGAUCAAGCUCCUAAGUUGACUGAUCGACCCCGAGGACAGACGCAGAUCAACUGCUCUAAGCUGCGACCUGCCAUGGAUGAAGCCCGUGUAAUCAAGACGGAGUAUGAAGUUGCCCUCAUUCGUCGUGCUUCACUUAUCUCUGCUGCUGCUCAUCGUGCUGUGGCCGAACGUCUUCUUACUAUGCGCAAUGAGCAAGAUGUCGAAGCAGUUCUGCUUGCCGCUUGUACUUCGCGCGGUGCACAUGCUCAGGCAUAUCCUAUUAUUGCUGGAGCUGGCGUCAAUGCUUCAAUUCUACACUACGGAGCCAACAACCAGCCUCUCGAGGGCAAGCAAUUGAUCGUUGUCGACGCUGGCUGUGAGUAUCAAUGCUACGCCAGCGACAUCACUCGUACUCUUCCCGUCAGCGGUUCCUUUUCCAAGGAAGCCUCCGCGAUCUACUCCAUUGUACAGCGUAUGCAGGAAGAGUGUAUAGCACGUGUUCGACCCGGCACUGUCUACUACGAACUUCAGCUUCAUGCUAGUGAUGUAGCUCUUCAGGGCUUGCGCAAGUUGGGGCUCCUGAAGGGUAACUUUGAGGAGAUCCAGAAGGCGGGUACUGUCGCGGCUUUCUUCCCUCACGGUCUCGGUCAUCAUGUUGGUCUUGAGGUCCACGAUGUCACUGGCUACGAGCGCCUCUUGAUGAGAGAUAACUUCCACGUUGAGGGUGGUAAGCGUGAGAUGGUAACUGCCACCGCUUUGGUGGCCAUGCACCGAAUGGCUUCGUCUUCCCCGCCUACAAAGCCAAGACAGGCUCUCCAGCCCAACAUGAUUGUGACAAUCGAGCCAGGAAUCUACUUCUGCCGCCCUUUCAUUGAGGGAUACUUCCUGAACAACCCGUCACAUGCCAAGUUCAUUAACAAAGACCUACUUGAGACAUACUAUCCAGUUGGUGGUGUUCGUAUCGAAGAUGACAUCCUUGUCACACCCGGAGGCUAUGAGAACUUGACCUCCGCUGCCCCCAAGGGUGACGAGAUGCUUGACGUGAUCAACGGCAGCUUUGAGAAGAUUUAA